AAGGAGAGGUGACCAGCAUGUCCUGGGCUCAAGAUGAUCUCAAGAUAGUUUCCUGUGCAGCUAACGGGUCUUUAUAUGAUUGGAAUGUAGCAUCAGGUGAAAGAAUUCAUGAAGUUGUUGUGAAAUCAUGUUCCUUUACUAGUCUUACAGUUUCUCCAGAGGGAACUGAUACUCUAGCUGUAGGGUCAGAUAGCACACUGAAGCAGAUUUCCAACUCCAGAUUAAUGCAGGAGUUAGAUCUUCAUACCUUUACUCUAUCAGCUAUAUCACUAUCUACAGAUGGAAAAAUACUAGUGUCUGGGACUACAACAGGAACUAUUCUCUUUUUCAAAUAUCCACUAACUCUUCCUGGGGAAUGGAAAGAGUUUAAGAUGCAUGGAGAUCAAGUAAACUUUGUCAAGAUUUCUCACACCAACGAUAUUAUUGUUUCCGCAAGCCUGGAUGGAUCCUUCUGCAUUUGGAAACUUCCAGAGGAGAACCAGGAGGCCUUGAAGUACAAUUAUGCUCGUGAGAUAUUGAUAACUAAAAGUGAACUGGAAAGUAAGAAUAGUCUGAUAGAGGAACUGAAACAGAAAGUUGACGAGUCUAAAACAGAAUGUACAUAUCAGCUCAGAUUGAAGGAUAAUCAGAAUUCUGAUCUGAUAAAGGAAAUUAACAAAAAGACAAGAUUAGAAAAAGAACAGCUGGCUCAAACUAUAAGUAGACUUCAGGCUGAGGUAGAAUUACAAAGGAAGACAAACUCCCAGCAAAUGGAGCAAAUGAAAACAGAGAAUGAGAGAAGAUUACUGGAUCUUCAGGAUCUAUACAAGGAUAAGCUUGUUACAGAAUAUCAAAAGUACGGAGAUCUUGAACAGUCCUCGGAGGCUCUGAAGAUGAAGAACAAGACCAAGAUUGAACACCUGGAGAAGGCGAUAGAGAGUAAGGUUGGAAAGAUCAAGGAGGAGUUUGAAGCUAAGAUCCAGGCUUACAACCAGGAGAUGAUGGAGAAGGAGAAGGCAGGGGAGGAAAGUAUCAGAGCUAUUGAAGAGGUUCUUAAACAGACAGAGGAGGAUGCUGACAAGGAAAUACUUGAGCUGAAAAUCCGUUAUGAGGACGAGCUGAGGAAAGAGCGUGAAAGCAAUGUCAGGUUGCGAGGAGAGCUUGGUAUCUUGAAGAAGAAGCAGGUUGUAUCCCAGAAGGACCUGGAAGAACAGAAGGAUAAUCUAACCUCUCUCUCCCAGGACCUCACCCGGCUAGAGACCAAGAUAUCCAACCUGGAGAAGGAUAAACUUGAACUCAAGAAGGAAAUCAAAUCUCGGGAUAAUAUCAUCCUAAGCAAAGAGAAGGAUAUCUCCGAGUUAAAGAGUACGGUUCGAAGUAUGGAGAAAUAUAAAUACGUUCUGAAUCACAAGAUUGGGUUGUUAGAAGAAGAGAUUAUACCGAAGGAUUCAAAGAUUAACGAGAUGAAAGCUCAGAUCCUGGCAAUGGAAGCUGAGUUGACCAGCGUAGUCAAGGAUCAUCAGGAGAAUAGUUCACAGAUAAAUGAUACCAAGGUGAAGCUGGUGUCCACGAACCUUGAGCUGGUCCAGGAGAGGAAGAAGUUGUUGAGCCUGCAGAACCAGAUCAUCAAGAUACACAAGGAGAUCCAGAUACUUGGAUCCACUGUACAGGAUCCAAAAAGACUGAAGGAAACCGUUUCAACCUUCUGUAAAAAGUUUACUGGGGACAAAGUCCGGUAUUACCAGGACGAGGAGAACCCACUUGAGGAUGUUCUUAAUCAGAAGGUUUACCUGGAGAACAAGGUUUCAUCUCUUCAUAACCAGCUUCAUCAGGUUGAAGAGUCGAAUAAAAAGAAUGCUGUGAAACUCCUGAACGCAAACAAAUUCCUUCUCAAGGAAAUGGAGAAAAGCAAGAAAAAAUAAAGGAUUAGUUUGUUUUGUAAUGUUUGUGAUAUU